AUGCCUUCAACGCGGCCAUGCGCGGCCUUCGAGCCCAUCUCGCCUGACUUCGACGUAAAGGCACUUGUUGAGUCUACACCCCGCUUCGAAUGGGUCGUCCGCAUUGACUGCGACAUGAUCGAUCAUCAAGGCAUCGAAGCAUUUGAGAAAUUGGUCUUGAUUCAUGUCAUUCUGGGGGGCAAGCCUCUUGUAAUCGAAGGUUAUGAUAGAAGACUUGAUCGAUGGACCUUUGCUGUGCAAUGGCUGAGAGACAAUCUGGGGUCAAAGGGUACCUACUUUCUCCGCUGCUCUGUGUCCCUCCUGCUAAACUCAAUCACAGUUGAGAACCCUCGCGACCUGACUAAAAAGGCUUCCGUACCCAUGACAUUUGCCCAUUACCUUAACCACAUGGGUCUUCUGACGAAUCAAUGGAAUCAUACGAACUACAAGGAUCCCGAGCGACAGCGAAUUUACAUGAAAGACAUCGACUGUCCACCGUUGUGGCACACCAAAUUGCAAACCAUUCUACCACCGUUUCUCUACUAUCUGAACGAAACCACUGGCGACGUUGGAGGAUUUGGGUCCACUGACGAACCUGAUCCAAGUGGUUCGGGCUUCCGCCGUGGAAAAGGCAUCGCUAAAGCUGGUGACUUGAUGAGCUGUUUGCCGAAAGAGAUGCGCGCUGAGAACAUGAUGUGUUACAUCGGUCAUGAAGGAACAUACACUCCGGCUCACCGUGAAAUGUGUGCCAGUCUUGGUCAGAACAUCAUGGUUGAAGCGUCAAGCGGUUUAGUCGAGGAUGGCAGACCAACCCAGCCUGGUUCCUCGCUAUGGUUCAUGACCGAGAACAAAGAGCGUGAGGUUGUUGCCGAAUACUGGCUCUCCCGCUUGGGCCAUGAUAUCGAAGUCGAAAACCAUUUUGCUCAGAUUAACGCUUGGAAAAAUGCUCCAUUCAACACCUAUGUCGUCGAGCAGCGUCCAGGCGAUCUCAUUCUCAUUCCGCCGCUUGCCCCACAUCAAGUCUGGAAUCGUGGCACAAGGACCAUGAAAGUCGCCUGGAAUCGCACAACCAUCGAGACGCUCGAGAUGGCCAUCAACGAGGCGCUACCCAAGGCUCGACUUGUCUGUCGCGAUGAGCAGUAUAAGAACAAGGCCAUGAUCUACUAUGGACUGCAAAAGUACUCUCGGCUCUCAAAGGUUGCUCAGCAGCACAAGCAAAGUCGAUCAGGACCCAAGCAGAAGACCAAGAGUGAUUCCAAGGUUCGGCAGCUAGAGAAGGAUUUUCGCCGGUUACAUGGCCUGUACACUCAGAUCCUGGUUGACGAAAGUUUUCUCCCGGAUAAACAGGAGAAAUGUGAGAUGGUACCCUACGAAGGCUUCAUCACGUGCUCUUAUUGCCGAUGCAAUAUUUUCAACCGCUUCUUGACUUGUCCUUCCUGUGUGAUCAAGGUUGGCGACGAAGAAGAUGCCUACGAUGUCUGUUUGGAGUGCUACGCGAUGGGUCGAAGCUGUGGCUGCAUCUCAAAACUCCGAUGGGUCGAGCAGUUCCCUUGGCUUGAGUUGACCGACAGACAUGAGUCUUGGAGACAUCAGAUUCUCGCCUACGAAGGCAAAGUCACCGAAAAGUCGCCAAUGUCUUUGAAGGUCGAGCUUCAGCGCGUUGGUCGUAAGCAGACUUUGGCUCAAGUCUGUCAACAGGAACUCAAGCGACGUCCAUUUCGGGACAUCAAAAAGCCGAUUGCUCCUGUGACAGGUGUCGAACGCGAAGAGGAAAUCCAGGUUGACGAGAAUGGCAACACCAAGAAGAAGAAGAAAGUGCGGCGCUCCGAAAAGUUUGUUCGGGAGCACGGAAUCUGUCAUAUCGACAAGCAUUGGGAGCCGAAGUGGAAACAAGCCGAAUGCUCAGGUUGUGGCAAGAACUACUGCUAUGGCUUACUGUACAGAGCGUACGACCUCAUGCCGCAGGAUAUACUCGCAGAUCCCGACUGGUCAUGUCCUAGCUGUCGCGGUAUCUGCAGCUGUCGCAAUUGUCGGCACAAGCCUGGGUAUAAGGCAUACACCCCAUCUGGUACUCGGCUUGGGCAUAACACGAAGGCUGUGGCUGACCACCGGUCUGUAGAGAGCCUGGUCGACUUCAGUUCCUCGAACAUCGGCUGGAUCCAAAAGGCCGGCGACGACAUAGGGGACAAUACGCGACGGCUCAAGAAGCGUCGAAUGGAGGCAGAUGCUGCUCAAGCUGAACAGACUGAGCUCGGUGAUGACUAUAUCGACGAAGAAGCGGAUCGAGAUGCUCAGCAUGAGGGCAUUCCUAUCGAUCCAGCACUUGAAGCCGCGAACGCUCCGGCCAGCAGUCCCGGCUCCGUUGAAGAAGACGACGUAUUUGAUGAGAAUCCAGAAGCACGCCACGAAAACGGUCUCGGCAAGAGUCCCAUAAGUCCGCAAUAUGUCAUUCCCGAAGGAGGCAUCUUGAGGGACUCGGAUCAUGCCUACGACUUUACCGACGCUAUCACUUACGAUUACCCCGACCCGAACAUGCUUAUACCGGCGCCGAUAAUGAUUGAGAACGAGCCGGACUUUUCGAAUGGUAACGCAGCCGAGCCUGAUGAUGAUCAUAUUGAGAUGAUCAGCAGAAAGCGAAAGCGUAAAACCCUCGACGAGGGCGAAAAAGCGUUCAACUACCGCAAACAACUCCCGAACAGCAAGCCCAAAAAGAAGAAACAGCAAUCUCUGAUCGUCAAACUUACUAUUGAUAAGCACAAGCUGGACGAAGUCAACAAGAUGGCCGGUAUCGCACAACGUGCCUUGGAUGGCGGUGAACCAGCACCAGCGCCAGUAGUGGGCUCGGAUCUCCAGGCUCUGAAUACCAGCUAUCCAAAUGUUGAAGGGCAGCCACCUCCCAAGAAGGCCAGAAGCGAGCACGUGAUCAUUGAGCGGGAUGAUGAGUAUGCUCCUAGCCGGCGGCGAGAUCGUCGUAAAGCUGUCUCUAAUGGAGAGCAACCUUUGCCGACGAGAGAAGAUGAUGUGAGUCGGCGUCAAACAAGAAUGCAGGCAGUCACCUAUGAGGAGCCCUCUGAUGAAGACGAGUUCGGCGAGACACCCGAGCCUGCUGCACCAUCGAAAUUGGCGGCCAUGGAGCAGGCUGUUGAUAUUGAUGAUUUGGAGUCAGAAGAUGAGCCGGCACGAGACAGUGAAGACGAGAGUGGCAAGGAGGAAGAUCACAUGGAGCUCGACAUUACUCCAGAGCCCGAGGAGCAGGCAGAGCGUACGACGUCCAAGGAGAGCCCUAGAGUGCCUACACUUCGACCUACGACCAUCAUCAGCAAGAAAGUUUCGCGAGCCUCUUCCCGUUCGUCCACAGCUACCAGUGGCAAAGCGAUGCCGGCGAUUGGUCCAAGCACCAAAGCGUUGGCAGAGGCUGAAGCAAAUCGAAAGGCCAAGAUGGCGGCGCUGGAGGGGAUUGAUGGCGAUUCGGAGGGUCUGGAUGAUGUGUGGUCUGAUGAAGAUAAUCAACCAUCGCCCAAGCCACAGCCAAGGUCGGCAUCAGUCUCGCCUUCGACAUCUCCAGCUCCUGUUGCUACACCGCCAGAGAGGGCAGAGCAGCUGUCAGAUGAGACCGGAUCGCCAGACUCAAUCGAGCCCGUUCCUAGCAUCGAAACAGCCAGCUCUGGGUCUUUAUCUGCUGCCCGGCUGGGUACGCCUAAGUUUGUGGUGACAGCUGAGGCUUGGAGUGAUUCAGACUCGGAUACAUCAGACAAUCAGCCUGGCCCAAAGCCGAUAGUGGCGACAGCACGGCCCUCAGGGUCAGGCUGGGCCGCUAUCAAUGGCAUGAGUGCUGGCAGAGGCCAGAACGGAGGGCACAUGUCUGCUGCCGGAAACAGUGGUAAAGGCAGAGGUCGUGGUCGAGGGCGUGGUCGAGGAAGGCCACCGCUGCGAGGCUAG